CCGCCUCCAACAGGUCUUAUUGGUUGUAACCCCGUCCGUCCAGCGUUAGCCUGGGCUCCUAUUGGCCUUGGGAGAUGUCAAUUCUGAGUCGGGUCAAAGGCGGGUUUCGGCAAGCAGGAUAGGAAACCCAAUGCUGCAGUUUAUCCCUUGGAUCAGACGUGCCAAUUUUCUUCAUAUUUUGUACAGAGGUUCUGGAUUGGGACGGUCUUCAGUAUUUUUACUGUCUUCUGAGAGAACAAGGGCAGAACAGGUUUCUAACAAGUGGUACUCAGAUAUUCAUUCACCUACUCUGUGUAUUGAUAAUAACAUGGCUUCGGUACAGCAGCCAUCAUCCAAACAAUCAUUCCAUCCACAAACCUACCACAAUUUUUUAGUUUUGGAUUUUGAAGCAACCUGUGAUAAACAAUUGAUAAAACCUCAGGAAAUUAUAGAAUUCCCAAUCCUGAAGCUACAUGGAAGGACACUGGAAAUUGAAGCUGUGUUUCAUACAUAUGUUCAACCAGUUAUACAUUCAGAACUGACACCUUUUUGUACAGAGCUCACAGGGAUUGUUCAGUCUAUGGUGGAUGGAAAACCAACAUUACAGCAAGCCCUUCAGAUGGUUGAUGACUGGAUGAGAAAAGAAGGUUUGCUGGAUCCUAAAGUCAACUCCAUUUUUGUAACCUGUGGAGAUUGGGAUUUAAAAACAAUGCUGCCAGGACAAUGCCAACUCUUGGGUCUGCCAGUUCCUGAUUACUUCAAGAAGUGGAUUAAUCUCAAAAAGGCAUACAGCUUUGCGAUGGGCGAUUAUCCAAAGAGUGGACUGCCAUUUAUGAUCAAAGGCUUGAAUUUGCAACAUAUUGGCAAACUACAUAGUGGGAUUGAGACAUCAAAGAAUAUGAUCCAUUACCUUCCACUUCUCCGUAUUGAAAUGCUGAUACUUCAACUUCCACGUGUGAUUUCCCACAUUGUGAUCUGGAAUUUGCGCGACUUUGGUUCUCUAAUGUUUGCCCACCGAGUAAAAUUUUAAGCAAGUUAGGUUGUGUGUAAAUUGAGUCUCAACUGUAUUUAAAAAUGCUUUAAAGAUAGUGCUGUGGAAGCCAUCUCAUUCUCAAAAUUGGCCACGCUGUGGGCAAAAUAAGCUCUAUGGCUUUCUGUUGAUUUCACCUGUUGUGGCCAUUCAAAGGGAUUCUUCAGAUUCUACAGUAUCUCAGACACACCAGCACUAGUAGACACAGUUUAAAAGUUGUAAAUUCCCAGAGAUAUUUAAAAUACUAAGAAACUGACUAGUGUAUAUUGGUAAAACUGGUUAAUAGUUCAUGAUAAUUUUUAAAAACAAUUUUAAAUUAUUUA